AUGUUCCGAAUACAACUCCUGCUACAGGCAUCAAUUCUACUCUUCCACCAAGCAGUAGUCGGAUCGCCGUCCUUAUCGUCCAAAGAGAAAGCAUCCAUCUUCUCCAAGUCUCACAACUACCCACUCCCCAACCAGGGCAAUAUCGCCGUCCACGACCCUAAUAUCGUCGAAUACAACGACCACUUCUACCUCUUCAAGGGAGGCGUCCACAUACCCAUCAGCAAGGCCUCGAGUCUCGACGGGCCCUGGACAAGUCUCGGAACAGUCCUGGACGGACCCAGCAUCAUCGAGAAACAGAACCGGACUCGGCCCUGGGCGCCGACGACGAUCCAACACAACGGCUCAUUUUACUGCUACUACACGAUCAGCAGCCGCGGCAGCCGUAACAGCUCCAUCGGAGUCGCGACGACCGAUUCCCUCGAUGGCGGGAAAUGGACGGACCACGGAGCGGUGAUCAACACGGGGUCGGGGAAGCUGUCGCACAUCUACCCCUACAACGAGUCGAACGCGAUCGAUGCGUCGUUUGUCCUGGACAAUAAGACGGGGAAGCCGUAUUUGAACUACGGCAGUUUCUGGCACGGGAUUUUCCAGGUCCCCCUGGCUGGGGAUCUGCUGUCGGUUGAGGACGCGGAGCACCCGCGCGCCAUCAAUCUCGCGUACGAGCCGACGGAGAAGAUCAAGCCGAUAGAGGGGUCGUGGAUGAGUUUUCGGGAUCCGUAUUAUUAUCUUUGGUUUAGUCAUGGGAAGUGCUGUCGGUUUGGGAACGGUCAGGAUGUCAAGGAUUUCCCGGCAAUGGGACAAGAGUAUGAGAUUCGUGUGGGGAGGUCAACCAGUGCGAAUGGACCCUUUCAGGAUAAAGAUGGUAGGAACCUCACUGACGGCGGUGGGACUGUUGUCUACGGCUCGAACCAUGGUGUUGUUUAUGCGCCUGGAGGAAUCGGGGUGUUGCCUCAGAACGAGAAGCAUCCUGAUAUCCUGUAUUAUCAUUACCUGAAUACAUCGGUUGGCUUCGUGGAUGAUGACGCACACUUGGGGUGGAAUCACCUAGAGUACAAGGAUGGAUGGCCAGUAGCAAAAACCGGAGAGAACAGCGGAAUGGCCAUUCGUCCAAACUAUAUCCUCAGUAUACCGGCUUUGAUCGUGGCAUAUACUCUGAUGUGA